AUGUGUAUUGCAAUACUCACAACCGCACAUCCAGACUACCCCUUCAUACUAUUGAAUAACCGAGACGAAUAUCUCCAUCGUCCAACAGCAGAAGCAACAUGGUGGCCCUCUCCAGACACACACGUCCUCGGCGGUUAUGACCUGCACCGCCCAGUCCACGGGACCUGGCUUGGUGUAACUCGCCACGGCCGGGUUGCCGUACUGACCAACUAUCGUGAGGAGGGUGCAGCCAUCGUCAUAGGCGCACGGAGUCGUGGUUUGAUUCCGAACGCGUGGUUAAAGUCAGACCCUGCGAAGAAAGAGACCACUGAAGAAUUCGCAAGACGAAUGAUAGAAGAGGAUGGUGUAAAGGGCGUUGGGGGCUUUUCGCUAUGCUACGGGUUUGUUCAAGACGUCGUGAAGAGCGCAGGAGAUGGAGACGAGAGCAAGAGGGCAGGGUUGGCGAUUGUGAGUAACCGCACGCCAGAUGUAGAAGGCGUUGCACGAUUGCUGGGUAACAAGGGAGAAACGCAUGCCCUCAGCAACGCAGCGUACGGUGACCGCUCAUGGCCAAAGAUCGUAAACGGCGAAGCGUGGACCCAGAACGCUAUCAAAGAGUCUCUCGCUGCAAAUGAUUCCCGCGACCAACUCGUCGAGCGCCUCCUCGGUGUUCUUACCACAGAUACCAUGCCCCGUCAGAAAGAGAAUGAGGAAUGGGACAUGUACCUCAACCAACUUCGCCACAGCAUCUUCGUCCCAGCUAUUGGUCGCGAUCACUUGGAAGAGCACAAAAUGCCCGCCCACGAGAUUGGCGAUGUUGUCAAGCACAAGGCAACAGAUGCGACAAGCGGGUGCUAUGGAACGCAAAAGAACAUCGUGAUGCUGGUUGAUAAAGAGGGAAAGGCAUUCUAUCUAGAAAGAACAUUAUACGAUGUUGAUGCAAAGCCCAUUGAGAAAGGGAAGGGAGAUCGCGUUUUUGAGUUCCAAAUUGAGGGCUGGUAG